AUGCAUUCUGGGAUAUUCAAAAUGGCGGCCAGAACUGGCAUCAGAGCAUUGCGACUUUUGAGACCUUUCAAAUCGACCAUUUCUCAACCAUACAGCAGUCUGAGGUACGAUUCACUUCCCUAGCAUUCAAUUAAAUUAUUCAGCACUCUAUAAUCAUGUAACUGACUUUUUUAAUUUCCAGAUGUACAUGGUGUAUUGCUCUUCAAAGAUGGCGGUUCGGUGGAUGCACACGUUACGAUUCCACCCUAGCACAGCCUCGGCCAGACGAUGCUGUCAAGGAGUACCCAGACAAAAUCAAGUCUAUUGUAGAUGAAAUAUCAAAACUUACACUUAUAGAAGUUGCUGACUUGAAUGAGCUACUCAAGGUGAUGAUAAUUUAUGUAAAUACAUGUAAUUCGUAAGAUUUGCGUAUAACCCCAUACGUUAAUUAUGUAUACAGUUUUCGACUUUAUUCAUAUCAACUAUUUGUGAGAAAAAGUAUGAAAUUGCUGCAUGCUUAAUAAAUGUAUGGAGUUAUAUGGAAAUCUUACCAAAUAAUCUCAAAUUUUGUAAGAACAAUCUUUAAAUGAUUUGUAAAUAACCUUAAAUAACCUUUAAAAUCUGUCAAAAAGUAUUUAGAAAACCUUAAGUGUGCUUACAUAUCAAUAAAUGUAAUGUAGGGUGGUUAUUAUCUUAAAAAGCCUUUCCAUAUCAAAGCAUCCAUGGUGAAACCUAGUCACCGAGCCACAUUCAGUGUAAAACGCAGACUGCGGACUAUAAUAGCGGACAGUAAUAGUCCCAUUGUUUUCUAACCGUGAAAGUCAGUCUGCAGUCUGCAUUUUACACCGCCCCAAAAUUGACUAGUUUUUCUCUGUACAGUGUAGCUGAAAAUUUUGAAUCCAUGAGUUUUGCUAUGGUUUUAUAGGGCUUAUGGUCCCGUCUGAGUUUUCUUGUUUGCAAUGAAUGGAAGUUGUGAAUCUUCAGUGUGUUUGCGAAUCUUACAACAAAUGGACUGGUUAUUACACAGUACCAUUUCUUGAGCAAAAUUCUCAGCCAAAGAUUAUAGUUUUGGGUUCUUUUAAAGGUCUCUAAAAACUGAUCAUAUCUUUAAGAUGUUUGCAGCUUAAAUUGCAACCCUCGAAUGGCCAACUAUGUCCUGCAAUUUGGUUGUCACUAUUAAAAUGUGGUCAUUUCUGAUGACUUGAAGACUGUAAACUUUGCACCCUGCAUACAUAAUUGCCUCUAUUCUAUUCAAGUGCAUAAAAUUUGUGUGCAUACACACAUAAAAGUUAUGCCGCAUGGGAAAUCCAACUUUAAACCCUGAGUACCGUAUUUAUUCGAAUAAGCACCCAACCUCGAAUUAGCGCCCACCUCGAAUAAGCACCUGUCCUAAAGGCAGAAAAAGUUAAUAAGUGCCCAGCCUCGAAUAAGUGCCCACCUCCUGCCCCUCCCAAUCAAACUCAAAUAAGCGCUCACCCCUACCCCACCCACCUGAGUGAAAAAAUUCUAAUAAGAGACUUCCCUGAGGACGGAGUUUUCUUCAGAGUAUUUUACAGAAACCUUGCUUUGUUACUUCUUCGCAUUUUGUUAUUAGCAUUUAUUGUUUUCUUGCAAAAUCAACAUACUUGACUUGCUGAAAAUGGUGAAAAUUUAGUAAGCGCCCAGCCUCGAAUAAGCGCCCACCUCGAAUAAGCGCCCACUCUCAAGGUACAAGAAUUUAAUAAGCGGUUAAUCGAAUAAAUACGGUAUGUUUCUAUGGGCCUGAACAUAAUCUGCUAUAAAGGCCGUGCUCUAGCAGCGGCCAGUGGGCCCCGGCAUCUUACUUUUGCUCUUCCGCAAUUAGGAUAUCUUAGUUUUCUCAUAGAAAUCCUAUGCUGGAAAAUUCUGGAUUACACAGGCUCAGAGAAUAUAGGGCUCCCUUCAACUUUUCUUCAAACACAGCCUUGCAAAGCUUCAUCAACUGUCCUAACCCAUGUAAAAAAAGAAUCAAGCUCAUUCUUGGAGAUAAAUCAUUCCAUAUAGCAGCCCCUAGAUCAUGGAAUACAUUACUCUCUGAAAUAAGAGCAAUCAGCCUGGCUUCUGAUCUUUUCAAAGGAGCAAGUUUAGAUGUAAAUUAUUGUUCAAGAAAGCAUUUGCUUGUAACACCUAGUGCCUGUGUUAGCAUGAUUACUUGUGUAUUUUAGUGUUAGAUUUAGUUUUUAAUCAUAUUUUACUGCAAUUUUAUAUGUUUCUUAUCAGUUUUUUAGGUUUUUUAAUUUAUUUUGGGAUUAUGUUAUGUAACUUUGCUUGUUUAUUUUGUAGUUUGUAUGCAGAUAGGUAGAUAUAACAUGGUUUUGUGCAGAUUAGUUGCUACAGAUGAUAAAGCAAGAUAAUGUAAGACAAAGAAGAGUAAUUAAACACCCACGCAUUUUGGUGGAUACCAGAAUUUGUUUCUGUUAAACUGUUUAAGGUCAAAGAAUGUGCUAAAACAAGGAGAGUUUUGAAAAUUUUCAAACAUGACAGCUAAACCUAAGGUCAUGGAAAGGUUAAAAAGGUCAUUGAAAAAGUCUUGAAAAGUCAUGGAAUUUGAAGGACUCAAAAGAGUACAAACCCUGUAUAAGUGUAAGUGCGCAUUUGAUCAUAUUCAUAUGCUAAUUUGUGCCUCAUAAGUAAUAAAUUACUGUUAUUGUUACUACUAUUUUUGUUCACGUUAGACAACAUUAAAAAUUGAAGCUGCACCGAUGAUGCCAAUGAUGGGUGCAAUGCCUAUGUCUCCAGCUGCUGCUCCGGUGAGCCACUGUUUUUAUUUGUCGCUAGACAGUCUACAGACAGUACAGAGACACAGUUAUUUUAAUAAAAUGGCAUAAAUUAUAUGGUCCCUGAACACAGAAUGCUAGAUGCGAAUAAUGCCAUCCACAACAAGACUUGAGCACAGUCAAACCCUGUCACAGAAGGAGUCUGUUUUAAUGGGGUGUGCAUUUUAAGCAGCUCAUGUUAUUAUUUUUAGUAAAAAAUACAUCUUGUAUUUGAACAAAAUACUAAAGAAACAAAGCAGGACAUAAGCAUUGGUAGAAGGGACCGGGAUCUGCGCAGGCAGUUAUGGGUGGUUUAGGGGCGAAUGGGUUAAAAGUUUUGAUUAAAUAUGUGCCCACUUUACUGAACAAAUAAUGGUUUUAUUUUUUAGGAAACAGAAGCAGAACCAGCAAAAGCAGAACCAACAGAGUUUACAGUCAAAUUGACACAGUUUGAUGCUGCAAGCAAAGUCAAACUUAUAAAAGAGAUCAAGAAUCUUGUUCAAGGUCUUAACCUGGUCCAAGUAAGUUAUUAUUUUAAUGAGUACAGCAAACACUGUUAUUGCAGUUUCGUCAUCUUCAUCACACUUUUUCCUUGGAAAUUCUUUUUCCCAUGCAUGCUGGAAUCAAAAAACCCUGAGACUACACAUUUUUAGUUGGUUUCUGGUAAGUAUUAGUGUAGAAAUACAAAAAUAAUUUUAUAAAUAUUGCAAUACAAAUUUUGCCUUUGAAAUAUGAUGCCCAUAAAGGAAUGUCUCUCAUAGCAGUUUAUUAGUGAAGUGGAUAUUUUUCCUACCUUGUAAAUGUCUAUUUCAAAAGGAAGUGAAAAUUAUGCAAACAUUGUUCACAAGAGAGAAGAAGUUUCUAUUUCACUUAAUUUAUUGUAGAGUGUUACAUAUGUUGCAGUUCAUUUCUUAUCCUAGUUAAUUUUUGUUUUUCCUUUGUUUAAAAUUCAUUAGCAUACAUUACCAUACCCCAAAACAAUGGAAAAAUAAAAAUUAACUGGGAUAAAAAAUUAACUACAACAUAUACAUCUGUAUUCAUCAUAAAAAUAAUGAGGUGGUCGUGAGAUGGGGCUCUACUGCACUUUAUCUUAAGGAGUUAUGUCCUGGUUUCUUUGGGCCAGUUAUUUAAACAGAGUUUAGCCAUUGUUCGACAAAAACCGCGUUCUAAGCCAUUUUCACUUUGCCCAAUGCGUGACAUCCCUAUUUACCACAAAAACAUCUGCACCAGAAACAUUGAGGAACUUCAUUGUUAUUCACUGAAAUCAAUGUGUACUCAAUAUUUAAUCGGGAAAAAAACUCAUCCAAUUAAAUUUCUUGCACCUGUAGACAUUCCGGCUGCUAAAGAUAAACAUCCUAUUUUUUCUUGCCAAAAUAUAAGUAUCAAUUAAGGGAGGUCUAAAGAUGCUUUUUUUAACUCCAAUUUUGUUAACAAUCUGUCAAUAAAUUUUAGGCUAAGAAAUUUGUGGAAGAACUUCCUCAAAAUGUGAAGGAGAAAGCAAGCAAAGAGGAAGCUGAAGAAAUCAAGAAGGUUCUGGAGGCAGUUGGAGGAACUGUGGAAAUUGAAGUUUGAUGAAUUGUACAGUUAAAUAAAUUUGUUAUUAAAAUUUAGUUCAGAACUUU